CAGUGUUCUUGUCGUGUGAAGAAGCGCUGUCUGGAUAUCUGCCUGAAACCUUGUCAACCUGUAUUUGGAUUUGUGUUCUCCCCUUGCCCUUGUGGAUUCUUUUGGACUCAGCCACUGAUAUGUGGGUCAGUGUAAGGAGGUGGACAGUGCUGCGAGGACACAACAGGUCCCAAUGUCUCCCUCUGAUUUUCUGGACAAGCUGAUGGGGAGGACAUCUGGAUAUGAUGCCAGGAUAAGGCCAAACUUUAAAGGUCCUCCAGUCAAUGUUUCCUGUAACAUUUUCAUCAACAGCUUUGGCUCCAUUGCUGAAACCACCAUGGACUACCGUGUGAAUAUCUUCCUCCGUCAGCAGUGGAAUGAUCCCAGGCUUGCCUAUGCUGAGUACCCAGAUGACUCUCUGGAUUUGGACCCAUCUAUGUUAGACUCCAUAUGGAAACCAGAUCUGUUCUUUGCCAAUGAAAAGGGGGCCCACUUUCACGAAGUCACUACAGACAACAAACUGCUAAGGAUAUUUAAGAAUGGGAAUGUUUUGUACUCUAUACGAUUAACAUUAACUCUCUCAUGUCCCAUGGAUCUAAAAAACUUCCCUAUGGACGUUCAGACCUGUAUCAUGCAGCUGGAGAGCUUUGGUUACACCAUGAACGACCUGAUCUUUGAGUGGCAGGAGAAUGGGCCAGUCCAAGUGGCCGAAGGCCUUACUCUCCCCCAGUUCAUCCUCAAAGAUGAAUCAGACCUCAGAUACUGCACCAAGCACUACAACACAGGUAAAUUUACUUGUAUUGAGGUGCGAUUCCACCUGGAGCGUCAGAUGGGCUACUACUUGAUCCAGAUGUAUAUCCCCUCUCUGCUCAUUGUCAUUCUGUCCUGGGUCUCCUUCUGGAUCAACAUGGAUGCUGCACCGGCCAGAGUGGCACUGGGCAUCACCACUGUCCUAACGAUGACAACACAGAGCUCAGGCUCCAGGACUUCACUGCCUAAGGUCUCUUAUGUCAAAGCCAUAGACAUCUGGAUGGCAGUGUGUCUUCUCUUCGUCUUCUCUGCACUGUUGGAGUAUGCUGCUGUCAACUUUGUGUCAAGGCAACAUAAAGAGCUACUGCGAUUCAGACGGCAUCACAAGGACAAGACCAAGAACAGUGGAGCUGCAGUUGAUCCAGAGGAGCUAGCUGAUUCCCUUCGUCGUGUUAACAUUGACAACGGCCUCAAACCAACAGAAACUCUUUAUGGAUCUAUGACCAACAUCUACGGCAGCGACCACAGGGAAGGGAAAGUACAUGAGAGCAGACUGACUUCCUCAGCUGCUGUGACCUCCACUCCCAGCAACAGCAAGGACUCAAAGGCCAGCGCCAACAAUACUGUUGCUGUACUGAACACCUCAGGAGCCGCAGCAAACACUACCCCGAAUCCACCUGGAGCGGCAGCAGGUGGAGGGGGUAAAAGCGUUGAAGAGAUGAGGAAGUUAUUUAUUGACAGAGCCAAAAAGAUUGACACUGUGUCGAGGGCCGGCUUCCCUCUGGCCUUUCUCUUCUUCAAUAUAUUCUACUGGGUUCUUUAUAAGAUACUUCGACAUGAAGAUGUACUUAAGCAAUAGAGGAAGUAAGAGCAAAGGUUAUUCAUAUACAGUAUGUGCUGAUUGGCUUCUAUCUGAGUACUUCAGCUUUUGAAUAGCAGUACCCUUGUACCCUACUACCUGUAUUUCCCUUUUCCGUUAACGCUGACCGUACCCAGACCUUGAGAACCAUUCAGGGUGACCUCACUUUGCAAAAUAUUCUGUUUCUGAAGGCAUAUCCUCAUAUCAGUUCUUACAAAGUACAGACACACCAAAGGUAGCAAGUAUGAUCUCUGUAUACAGGAGAAUGAUGGGAUAAUUUUUCCUAAAUUAUACAGCAGGGUUCUCUCUAAAAUCUUACAGUGUCUGAAAACAGAGUUUAUUAUUUACAUGUAUGGACAGUCUCUUAUUUCAAAGAGGCUGGAAUAGUAUACAUAAACAUAUCCAGCACACGGAUAUUUCCUAAAAGUCCUAAAGCCAUUAUAAAUGUACAAGUUUAAAAUUAUUUUCCACUAGUGACUGAUCCAUCUGACUGCAAAUCUAUUGCAUCUUCAUUCUGCUGAGGAAUGGAACAAAAUCUGACAAUCGGGAAGUAAAAAAUUAGACGGUGCCCUGGAAUUCACAUAUUGUGGCAAGGAAACUAAUUAAAGAUCAAUGUGACAGUUUCAUACCAAAAGAGUGCUUUAAACCAGCAUUAUUACACACAAAAUACCCGGUUAAAUCUCCCAGACACGAGAAUCAUAGAAGCUGUGUGGAAGUGCUUCAUUUCAAGUACUAUCAUUUGUAGUGUAAUUGGUGGAGAUUGCCACUAUAAUCAUGAGUCUACGACGAAGGAGACUUCCAAACACACACACAUUUCAGUGAACAUGGCACUGAUGGUAGAGAAAAGGACAUGAGCUCAUGAAAAUGAAAAGGGUUUAUCCCAAAAUCCAUGUUAGUUUAUCAAUAUUUGUUAUGAAAGUUCUUUUUUUAAAUUGCGUCCUCAUUCUAUGUUCUCAUUGCAUGAAAUUAUUAUUGGGAGACAUGCAUCCUAACCUCCUGUAACAUCACUACACUGAUUCCUGAUGCUGUGUCUCCUGUGGUACUUUCCAGUUUAUCCUUAUAGUCAUUCACACACAGGCUUCUUCUGACUCUAGCAUUUAGACAUUUAGGAGGAAACAGUUCUUAUCCAAAAGAUGAAAGACAAUUCAACUCAGAACUGUAGUCUGUUUGGACCUACUCAGAAAAUUUGGAGCAAACCCAGUGCUGGAUAAAACAUUUAAGUUGACUUAAUCACUGUUUAUUUUCUUGAAAUUAUGUUAACACGUUGAGUGCCAGUGUAGAAAGUAGUCUAGUGGGAUGCCGAUGCAGUAAAAACUAGAGAGGGGAAACUGAGAGGGGCAUGUGGUGCGUCAUGGAUGGACAGUGUCUUGUGACCUAUAAAAGUAAA